GAAGAAAAGCGGCCUGAGCUGUUUGUGAAUUUUAUGGAGCCCUGUUAUGGCAGCUGUUCUGAGAGGCAACAUCACUACUUCCUUAACUACGUUGAAGAAUGGGAUCUGGUCCUUGCAGCAUCUGCUGCUUCCACAGAGGUCAGCAUCCUCGCAAGGCAAGGAGACAAGAACAACUGGGAGCUGUGGGUUCUGGAAGACUCCAGCCGAGCAGAACUUCCGGUCACAGAUAAGAGUGAUGACACUUUGCCUGUAGGCGUGGCGAUUGAUUACACCAGCAACAUGCCCAUAACCAUUAGUGAGGAUAAAACGACAGACCCAGCACCGGUCCUGCUGCUGCUGUCAACUGAUGGAGUCCUCUGCCCCUUUUACAUGGUUAAUCAAAACCCUGGUGUGAGGUCUUUGAUGGUGGUGCCGGAGCCUCUCUCUCCAGAAGGAGACAGAGGAGCAAAAUCAGCCGGCAGCACUCCCCCGUCAUCCGCUUCCGCUUCUGCUCCUCCAAAAGUCGAAGCUUCCUUGGCCGUUGUCCCAGCCACAUCUGCAGUUUCCAGCAAAGGGGCAGCCCCUUUGUCUUUCGCUUCCUUCACUCUGAAAUCCACCAGAUCUGCCGCUGAUGCCCACCGCAGUAUCCUGGCAUAUCGGAGACCCCCAAGCCUCCCCUUGGUUCCAACCUGAGCGGAGCAGUCGGCUUCCCCUUCUCUCCGGCCACCAGCAUCUCCAAAGCACCUCCAGCUCCAUCUCUGCUGUCCAGCCCCCUUACAGCUUCUCCUCCCUCCUCUUUUGGUUCCGUGAGUUAUAAAGCGGGCAUGGACAGCUCAGCCGGAGCCCCUCCCUUCGCGAGUCCUGUUGGGCUAAAGCA